AUGGCAAAUUUUCUAACAGCUGAUAAAUUAUCAAAAAAUUUAAAUGACAAUUUUUUAACAACCGGCUGCAGUAUUAUUGAUAAUUUAUUAAGAGGAGGAAUAUCAAAACGUGGAAUAACACAAUUUUAUGGAAUCGGAGGUUCAGGAAAAACUCAAUUAGCUUUGCAGUUAUGCUUGACAUCACAAAUACCAUCAUUGAAUGGUCAUCAAGCGGAAGCUAAAUUUCCAUCUUCACGCUUCCAGCAAUUAUUAGAAAAUUCACCAAUUGCUAAAAAAUACAAUCUUAAUGGCAACAAAGUAUUUAUCGAGCAUAUAUCUACAGUAAGCGAUUUAGAAAAGUGCAUAAUUGAGCAGAUCCCAUGUAUGCUGAGAGUAGAAAAAAUAGGACUGAUAGUAAUUGAUUCAAUCGCAGCUCCAUAUCGCGUUGAUUACGAAUCAAUUAAUUUAAAAGAUCGAGCAAGAAGCUUGCGUAACAUUAGUAAAGCUUUACACAAUUAUUCUAGAAGCAAUAUUUCUGUUGUUUGUAUUAAUCAGUUAACAGCGGUGGUAGAUAACUCUGCGAUAACUGAUCGAGUUUGUAAUGAUGGAAAUCCAGCUCUGGGUAUAAUUUGGGCUUGUCAAAUAACAAAUUCAUUAUGUUUUUGUAAACUCAACAAUCAACGUCAUAUUCAUAUCAGAGAAUCUCCGUACUUGGCUAGAAAAACUUUUACUUUCUGUGUUGAAAACAAAGGAGUCUUCGGUUUAGAAGAAAUUACAUAA